AGGGUGAAGUGAGCUCGUCCUCUCUUCCAAUAAAGAGCGCUUAAUUUCUUCAUCUUUUUUCUCUCCUUUUUUAAAAAAAUGGGCGCUUUAGAGUGGAAGCAGCCGACGCAGGGAGCGCCUUUGCCCUAACACGGCCGAUGCCCCAGCGAGACGCCGUCUGCCGGAAAGCCGUUCCGCCACCGCUCCGCCUCCGCAGCACUUUUUAGUGGGAGCUGAGACUCCGGGGAAGGUGAUUUUGGCCCGGAGGAUGCGCUGCCAUGGGGAAGCUCGACGAGGAAGGGGUUCCCGUGACGUCGUCUUCGUCGUCGUUGUCGGCAGCCGAUUCGAGUUCCACCGAUCCUCGCAGAGGCCGCGGCUGUAGAUCCAGGGCAAUCUGCCGGUUUCUCAGUCUCAAGUGCUUUUUUUCCGUCAUCUUCAGUCUCGCCGUCAUCGUCUCCUCGGUCUUCUGGUUGCUGUCUUACAUCCGGGGGGCUGAUCGUGAGGAUCUGGUACUAUGGCGUUCCGGAGCUCAAAUUGAAGCAAGUUUCAAACUGCAAGGGCCUGUGUCGUUCCUGCGUGCGAAAUCUACGAUUCUAAAGCUUGAAUAUGAUAUACUUGGAGAAAUUGGAGUUCCGAACACCACGGUGGUUAUUAUAUCACUGCACUCCCAUUCUCGAUCAAACUGGACAAAUGUUGUGUUUGGUGUUCUCCCAUAUGCUGAAGACUCACCUAUUUCUUCUGCUGGGUUGAGUAUACUGAGGUCCUCUUUGGUAUCUUUGGUUAUACAGCAGUCAAAUCUGCAGCUGACUCCAAGCAUGUUUGGGGUUCCUUCGUCUUUUGAGGUGUUGAAAUUCCCUGGGGGAAUAACUAUUACUCCAGACCAACAUGUGUUCCUUCUCCAGAAAGUUCAAGUUCGUUUUAACUUCACAUUGAAUUAUCCCAUAUACCAAAUCCAAGAUAAUCUUGAUGAGUUGAAGAACCAGCUUAAGUUGGGCUUGCAUCUCAGGCAGCAUGAGGCUUUGUAUGUGAAAUUGACAAAUUUAAAAGGUUCUACAUUGUCCCCUCCAGUUAUAGUUCAGGCAUCAAUUUUUGCAGAAGUUGGACUUCCACUUGCUGCACCAAGGGUGAAGCAGUUGGCCCAAACCAUAACUGAUUCGCCAGAAAGAAACCUUGGUCUGAAUCACAGGGUCUUUGGUAAAGUGAAGGAGGUCAGAUUAUCAUCUUCUCUUCCAUAUUCACUUGGUGGUGAUGGCUCGCCAAGUCCAGCUCCUGCUCCUCACCAAAACCAUCACCACCACCACCACCACGGGCACCAUCACCACCAUCAUAAUUUUCAUGUAGCUCCAGCUUCUGCACCUUCUCCUCGCCCUGCAACUAAUUAUGUUUCUCCUCAUCACCACCGCUAUGCAUUGCCUCCAUCCCAAUGCCAUACUGGAUCUUCCUUGGGUCAUAAAAGAAAUGCCCAUGUUGCCCCUGUUACUUCUCCUUCUGCAUCAGUGCAGCCAAAAGGGGACCGUCCUGCAUCAUCAGUCAGAUUUCCUGCAGCACCACCUUUGCGAGCAGUCUAUUUUGCUCAUGUUCAUCCUCCAAGUAUAACUGCAGCUCCAAGCAAAAGUGUUGAAAGUUCUCCUGUAGCCAGUCCAGGUGAUGCCAAUCGGGUCUUGCCGUUGAUUUCCUCCCCAUCGCCAUCUCCUGCUUCAUCUUCCUUCAUGUUAAUGGUUCCAUGGGCUCUUCUGCUUGGAGCAUUGUUGGUGCAGGUGUGACAACUUCAGGAAAACUGUUCAUUUUCCCUCCCCUUGCCCGAAACCUUUCAGGUCACAAAGUGACUUUUGGUUUCUCUCUGCAUAAGGAAAGAUAUGUUGGAGUUCCCUUGAGAAAAGUGGCACAAAGGGUGUCCAGGAUCAGGUGGAAAUUUUCUUUUUUGUGUGUAUAUAUUAAUGUAAUGUGGUGUUACCAGCAAAUAUGUAUUUCUGGUCGAAGCCAGAAGUGGCAGGCCCUUUAUUAUACAUAUUGCUGUUACGGACCCCCUACAUUUUCCUUCGAGGGAAAAAGAAAGUUUUGCUCA